CAAGCGGGCUCCAUGGCUUCCCUGCUCCUAAAAUGAAAAAGAAGAAAGUUGAAAGAAAGUUUGCCGUGCUGUAGACCAGACCUGCGGCAGGAAAAGGCUUGCUUAGUGUUCACUGUGCUCCUGGCCUGAAUGGCACAUACGAAGAUUUUGUUUUAAAAGAGGAAAGCGGGGAUAUAUACAAACGGAUUCGGCCAGAAGUGUAGUCUAUGGAAAUGCAGGAUCUAGCCAGUCCUCACAGCCGAGUCAGUGGAAGCAGUGAAUCUCCCAACGGUCCCAGCCUCGACAACUCACACAUUAACAACAAUUCCAUGACACCCAAUGGCACUGAAGUUAAAACCGAGCCAAUGAGCAGCAGUGACAUUGCCUCCUCAGUAGCAGACACGUCUCUGGACAGCUUCUCAGGAUCAGCUAUUGGAACCAGUGGCUUCAGCCCAAGACAAACUCACCAGUUCUCUCCGCAGAUUUACCCUUCCAACAGAACAUAUCCGCAUAUUCUUCCUACCCCCUCAUCCCAAAACAUGGCGGCGUAUGGGCAGACGCAGUACACCACAGGAAUGCAGCAGGCCGCAGCUUAUGCUAGCUAUCCUCAACCAGGCCAACCGUAUGGCAUCCCAGCUUAUGGCAUAAAGACUGAGGGGGGUCUGAGCCAGUCCCAAUCGCCGGGACAGACCGGAUUCCUCAGCUACAGCUCCGGCUUCACCACUCCUCAGACCGGACAGGCCCCCUACAGCUACCAGAUGCAGGGUGGUAGUUUUACAACAACUUCAGGACUCUAUGCUGGAAACAACUCCUUGACGAACUCCACUGGUUUCAAUAGUACGCAACAGGACUACCCUGGUUACCCCGCCUUCGGUCAGGGCCAGUAUGCACAGUAUUACAACAGCUCGCCGUACACCUCGCCGUACAUGGCCAGUAAUAACACGAGUCCCAGCACGCCCUCCACGACCACAACAUACACCCUCCAGGAGCCCCCCAGCGCCAUCACCAGCCAGGCACUCACAGAGAACCCUGCAGCAGAGUACAGUACCAUCCACAGUCCAUCAACCCCCAUUAAAGAUUCAGAUUCGGAUCGAUUGCGCCGGGCCUCGGAUGGAAAGUCACGUGGCCGGGGGAGGAGGAACAACAACCCAUCACCGCCGCCCGACUCCGACCUUGAGAGGGUUUUCAUCUGGGACCUGGAUGAGACGAUCAUCGUUUUCCAUUCCUUGCUCACAGGUUCCUAUGCCAACCGAUUUGGGCGGGAUCCCCCAACAUCAGUGUCACUCGGAUUGAGAAUGGAGGAGAUGAUUUUUAACUUGGCUGACACACACUUAUUUUUCAACGAUUUAGAGGAAUGUGACCAGGUUCAUAUCGACGACGUAUCUUCAGACGACAAUGGACAAGAUCUGAGUACGUACAACUUUAGCGCUGAUGGCUUCCAAGCAGCCGCUACCAGUGCCAACUUGUGUCUGGCCACAGGGGUCCGAGGAGGAGUAGACUGGAUGAGAAAACUUGCCUUUCGCUACAGACGAGUAAAAGAAAUCUACACCACCUACAAAAAUAACGUUGGAGGUCUGCUGGGCCCGGCCAAGAGGGAAGCCUGGUUGCAAUUGCGAGCAGAAAUUGAAGCCUUGACGGACUCCUGGUUAACACUGGCACUGAAAGCACUAACAUUAAUCCACUCAAGGUCGAACUGUGUCAACAUCUUAGUGACCACCACACAACUCAUCCCUGCUCUGGCCAAGGUCCUGCUCUACGGCCUGGGCAUAGUGUUUCCUAUCGAGAAUAUUUAUAGCGCAACCAAAAUAGGGAAGGAGAGCUGUUUUGAGAGAGUCAUCCAGCGGUUUGGGAGGAAAGUUGUUUACAUUGUUGUCGGGGACGGUGUGGAAGAGGAGCAAGGCUCAAAAAAGCACAACAUGCCGUUCUGGAGGAUCUCCAGUCAUUCAGACCUCAUGGCUCUGCACCACGCGUUGGACCUGGAGUAUUUGUAGCAGUGCACCAGGCUGCCUCGGGCCGGCUUCCCUGCACCCGCCACUUGUGCCCGGUGCUGGUAGCGUCUCAGUGAGGAGAGGAGGAACAGAGGCUAAUGUGCUGACACUGUCACACUCGGUCUUAACUCCGAACGUUGAGUUUUUGAAGAGAGAGGUGAAUUUACGGCAGUGCAGCUGCUUGCCCUGGUUACUGUGAACGGGCCGCUCUCUGAAGCUGUCACGGUGUUUUACGGCGUGCUCUGGUGCCGGGACACAGUCAGAGUUCACACCUGUGAGGAGCUACUGACUCGCCUCGGCUAACCUCGGCACAGCACUCACUAAAGCACGCCACAACUACUGGCGGUGACGCCGUCUCCACGAAGCCCCAGCCCCUCCAGUCUGCUUCCUUUUUGGCCACCUGUCCCCUGUGUCGCCGAACAGACUCUGACGCUCCUCUUUUGCCCGGGACGUCCUGUAAAUCUUAUUUAUGAACUGAAACUUAGAGUGGCUCUGAACCACUGAGAAGGUACCUCCAUGACUGAAAGACUUGUGCCUUUUUCAAAAUGAUUUCCACCACAGAGGACAUUUAUGAAAAAAACUAAAGGGUUUUCUAAUAAUUUAAGAAAAUGACUUUAUUUACAUUGCUGAGACAAUCGUGUACAGAGGAAAUCUUUUGUGUGAGUAAGUUUGUAAUCACUGGACUAUUCCUUCCUAUAUUCAUUUAGGUAUGUGCUCUUGAAGGUGACGAUGCUUUUUCAUGGGGGUUAAAACAGGCCACUGUGAAGCCUGGAAGGUUUUUGUUUAUUAAAUGUAGAUACAACUUUUUGUGAUAAAGCAUUUUGUCAAGACCAAAAGCAUGGAUGUCAAGUGUCAAUUGCCUUUUUUAAUUUCUGCAAUAUUUCUGCUUUAUUUAUAGACUGUAGCACCACCACUAUUUUUGGGUUCACAUUUCUAUGGGUUUUGUUAUCGUCCUCUUCAUAGCAUCUCACCACUCACCAGCUUGCAGCCCUGGUCCCAUAUACUUCAAAUGAAUAUCACAUAGAAACAUUUCCCUUUUAACAGCACAUUAAAAACAUAAAGCAGGCUUGAAUAGGUUUUAUUAUCUUUUAUACAAGCACUAUACCAACACUUGUACAGCGAGUAGUCCUUUUGUAUAAUGUAGUGUAGUAUUUCUAUGUUGAAGAUACAUUCUGUGUCCCAUUUUAAAUAGCGCUUUUACAUCUGUGGAUGGGGACAAACAUAAUGGACAAUGACAGAAAAGCCACUUCGUUUUGAGAGGUUUGUGAACAUACGGUACAUGUGCUAGCAACUGUGAAUUUUCUUAAACAGAAACUUUCAAAUCUUCCCUCCUUUUGCACAUGAUUACUGUUGGCCUUUCCCAAUUGGCUCCCAUCUCCAAAACUCCUCAGACAACUUGGGGGUACCUACGUAUUGCUGCUAGAUCAAGGUCAUGCUAGACGUUUUAUAGAUUCAUACAGCACAUUUUUAUGUUGCAAUCUUAAGUGCAAACUGGAAAUACUUUACAUGGGCCUCAUUGUGAAAUGCAAGAUUGUCGUGUCUGCAAAAAUAUGU